UGCGCGUGCGCGCUUCUCCUCUCACGCGCGGUCCGGGGCCCGCCGAGGGCGGCUGCUGCCGGCGGCCCUGGAGGCGGCGGAGGCGGUGAGCCGGUCCGAGGCCCAGGAGGACGAUGAGGACGAGGAAGAGGCGCUGCCGCACUCCGAAGCGGUGGACGUGUUCCAGGAGGGUCUCGCCAUGGUGGUGCAGGACCCGCUGCUCUGCGAUCUGCCCAUCCAGGUUACUUUGGAAGAGGUCAAUUCCCAAAUAGCAUUGGAGUAUGGCCAAGCAAUGACAGUCCGAGUGUGCAAGAUGGAUGGAGAAGUCAUGCCCGUGGUUGUAGUACAGAAUGCCACAGUCCUGGACCUGAAGAAGGCCAUUCAGAGAUACGUGCAGCUCAAGCAAGAGCGUGAAGGGGGCAUUCAGCACAUCAGCUGGUCCUAUGUGUGGAGAACAUAUCAUCUGACCUCCGCAGGAGAGAAGCUCACAGAAGACAGGAAGAAGCUUCGAGAUUAUGGCAUCCGCAAUCGGGAUGAGGUUUCCUUUAUCAAAAAGCUGAGGCAAAAGUGAAGCUCCAGAUAACAACAGCUCUAUUCACUGGUGGUCAAGCCUCUCCCUAGCAGGAUGGAGUCCUCGAGUCAUUGUUCCCCUUUCACAGAAAGGAUGUCAAGGUGUCUUCACCCCAGGUGUGUCCAGUGGAAACUCAGCAUGAACCUUGAGGCCCUCAGGACUAAGACAGAGUGAACCAAUGCACCAUUCUUUCCUGUGUACUUGGCCUGAGACUAACCAGAAUAAACCUGUUUGCUUCUUAAUUUGAAAA